UUUUUUUAAGAGACUCUUCUGCUGACUCCAAACUUUUCCUGGAAAAAUGAAUCAUUCCCACCAUAUGGACCACAUGACCACCACGGCUUCACACUCCCAUGGCGGCGGAGACGACAACAUGAUGAUGAUGAUGCCCAUGAGCUUCUACUUUGGCUUUAAGAAUGUGAACCUAUUGUUUUCCGGGUUGGUGAUCAAUACAGAAGGAGAAAUGGCUGGAGCGUUUGUGGCAGUGUUUCUUCUAGCAAUGUUCUACGAGGGACUUAAGAUAGCCCGAGAAGGCCUACUACGGAAGUCACAAGUCAGCAUCCGCUAUAAUUCCAUGCCUGUCCCAGGACCAAAUGGAACCAUCCUUAUGGAGACACACAAAACUGUUGGGCAGCAGAUGCUGAGCUUUCCUCACCUCCUGCAGACAGUGCUGCAUAUCAUCCAGGUGGUCAUCAGCUACUUCCUCAUGCUCAUCUUCAUGACCUACAACGGGUACCUCUGCAUUGCAGUGGCAGCAGGGGCCGGGACGGGAUACUUUCUCUUCAGUUGGAAGAAAGCAGUGGUUGUGGACAUCACAGAGCAUUGCCAUUGAUGGCAGACUCUCAGCGUGGCCUUAACGAUUGCAGUGGGAAGCAGUUUGAGACUGGAAGACAUGGUUCCUGCUCCAAUCAUCUCUUCUUGCUCCUCUUUAUAUAUAUAUAUAUACACACACACACACCCUGAUCAACAGAGGUUUAGUUUACAGUCCCUGAGGUAAAGUGACAACCUCCUAAACUGUUUUCUACUAAGUUGAGAUGCCCAUUUUUCUUAACGAGAAGUUGCCCGAGAUGUCUUCUCCCUUAUCAUUUUAGAUCCCAGUUACGUGUUCUCGUGUAGUCUGGGUAGCUUUCUAUUCAAUGACAUAAUCAUCCAUCUGCUUCCUUUUCUAAUCUUCUGGGUUUCUUUUAACAGACAGCAUAUGAAUGUGGUGGUGGUUUUUUUCCUGAGUCAGUGAUGGAAAGGUUUGGAAUUUCAGCAGGGUUGAUAGCAGCUAAGCCCAGAGCUCAGCACUUGACCUUAGAAAAUCAGUUCUAGUCUUUGGACUCAAGAAGUGGGAAUUACACUGUGCCUUUCUCCCCAAGUGAUAUAGUGUGCAAAGGGGUGGUUGAGAUGAAAUACAGGCCCAGAGUUUACAGAGUGUGUGUUCUUGGUUGCUGACUCAUCCAUUUCUAUUCCCACUUAUCAUUUUGAUUAGAAUUAAUUUCUUGAUCUUCCCCCCUUAAAAAAAAAGACAAUCAAUUUGAAAAAAAAAUAGGAGUAGAUAUUUUAAAAGAAAACUGUAAACCAUUGCCAUUUUACUUUAACUUUAUACCUUGGUUCAUCUCAGCCAAAUGAAGCAAAAGCGUUCAGAUUGUUUCCCAUUACUGUUUUCACAUAUCUGACUUCAGACCAGUGAUUUUCAAACUUUAAAUUCAUAAGAAUUAUCAAGAGGCUUUGUUGAAACACUAAUUGCUGUUGAUGGUCAGGAGGCCCACACUUUCAGAAUCUCUGCGUUAAAUUAAGGAAGAAUCACCUGGUAUUAGGCAUGCACAUUUGGAUUGCAGAUUGGUAGAUUGUACAUCUGGGAAUAAUUUAUGUCACAAAUGCUGCUGGUGAAUAUUUAAGCAUUCCAAAAACUUGCACGCAGUUCCAACAGUGUGUGCCUGCACCAUUGCACAUUUGCAGGAAGGGCUGCAGCCAGAGUAGUUUUAUUGGCAUGGAUGAAGUAGUACUUUAUCACUACUCCUUUAUUUAAAGAGCUGUGGUUUCUUGGAAGGGUUCAAACAUUGAGAGAAAUCUUUGAUAUGCAGUGUAAACUAGCCAGCCCGUCCUAGGGCAGAGGGGUGAAAGUUCAACUUUCUCUUUGGAGAGACCUAGGGUGUGGUCUGCUGAUGAUCAAAUUUGUGUCAGUUCCCAACAUCCAUGCCCAUACCAGGCAGAACCUCAUCCUCUAUAUGACCAUCUUUGUCACUCCUGGGGGCUUAAUUAGACCACAAGUGGCCAAAAAUCUCUUUUCUCAAUGAAGAAUCACAUUGGAUCUUUAUUCUGUUCAUUGUUAAUCUACACUGCAGUCCUGUUCCAGUCCAAACUACCUCGGUAAAGUGAUUCUUCAGUGCUUGGUCUGCUAACCCCUACCUUCCUUAUGGCCAGGCCCAUCUGUGCCUCAGGCAGAGGAGACAAAACGCAGCUCUGCUGUUGGUUUGUGUUAUGGUUUUGAAGUUUGUACUCUCUCUGUGGGUGCCAGUUAAAUAUUGGAGAGUGAGGAAUGUGCACUUCUAUGGCUUUGAACCAAGAAAGGGUUAUGAGCCUACUAGAUCGGGGGUAAAAAAUCCAAGGACCAGACUAUAGAACUUUGUGCUUUUCUCUCAGUUCAUCAACUUGAAGUGCUGAUCCUCAGAAUGGGCGGAAUGAAUGCCAGAUACUGACAGGUCAGCAGCAAGGCGUGACUAGCUCGUGGCUGUCUCAGAAGCCAACGGUUAAUAAAACCCUGAGAAACAAGUAAGAAUCAGUGCUUGGUGGUGACUCUGGUGCUCUCUAGACAUCUCAGCAUGAGCUGCUGUAAAACAGCCUUCCUGUAAUGGGACCUUAUCAGUAAGGUAAGAAAAAUCAAGGCCAGUUAAGAGUGUUAAGGAUCUGAAACUAACAGAAAUAAUCUGGAAACCUGAAAUGUAGAGAUUCCAAAGGAUGAAGCUAGUGAAGGAAAAAAGGUUUAAAUUCUUUUCAUCUUUCUUGACCUGUUGGAUUGCCAUCAAUACAGUUAUCUCAUUGACAUUCAUUUCUGUAUUCCUGUUCUUUUGGAAUUUAAGGCCUGAUGUCUUUGUUCGUUUUGUUUGUAAACAUCUCUUUUCCUCCUUCGCUAUUUACAACUAUUAGAAGACUGAAUCCCCCCACCUCUUUUUGACCUCUUAUUCUGCUCUGCUUUUCCCUUCCUGGCUUUCAGUCUUUCCUCCUACUCCCGCCCCAUAGUCUAGUUUAUUGAUGUACCCUAGCCCUCCUGAUGCAGUGGGCAUUGCAAUGUCAUUGAUAUAAAUACCGGAAGUUGGUAUUUAUAAGGCUGUUAGAGACCUUAAGCAUGCUUUAAGAAGCAAUUGCCCUACUCAAAUUUCUGUAUGUCUGGGAAAAGGGCUACCUCGUACCCUCCUUAGAGUUAUAGACUCCUAGGUGCUGUCUCCAGUCUAUGAUGGAGGAAAACUCAACACCCUCAUUACCCACACAUCAGGAACCCUUACUCUAUCUGCCAUGGGAUUAGAAGUUAGAAGUUUCUUCACUACUCUUUAGUAGGGUUGUCCGGAAAUCCUUCCAGGCGGUGGGGACUGUUCUUGGGCUCUGAUCCCAAAAUGUUCCUUGCAAAAGCAGCUGGAGGAAAGAGGGCAUUAGGUACCCUUUCCUGUCAUUUAAUUUUGAUUCUGCCCUCUCUAGCUGCUUCUUCAAAAGACACAUCUCCAGUCUUGUUUGCUAUAAUGCCUUAAUCACUGGGUCUACAAUUAAUGUUGACUAGUUUAGAUUGUAAGCUCCUGGAGAGCAGUAUUGCUGUAGUAGGAAUGUUUUAACAGUGUCAUGUGCAAAAGAACAAAAUAAAUAUUUUGAUUUUGUGA